CCCGGGACCGCCCGCCCCUGCUGCUCUCAGCCUCCUUGCUGUAAGGACCUUCGCUGCUCAGCCAGGAACUGCCGCUUCUCGCUCCUUAGACAACUCCCUCUCUUCACGUCAUGGUGGCCGGUGACUUCCUUUCAUCCUUUGGCGUCUGUAGUGGGAGAGUUCAGUCACUUGGCACCCAGCUCCUGAGCUCUGCUGUGUCCCUGGCCCUGGGCUGGGUGCUGGGGACACGGUAGUGACCAAGACAGGUGUGCUCAUGGCCUCACGGGGAGACACACAGCAACCAGCCCCGAGGAACCACCCCCGCCCUCUUCAGCCUGAUCCUGGAAGAGACUUGGAGGUGCUUUGGCCCCUCUGACUCAGCCUCGCCCAGGAUUUUCCUCAGACGCCACCUCAUCAGGGCUACUCUGCAGCCCUAGGGGUCUCUCAGACCUCGCCUUGACUCGCCUCUUGCCCCACAGCCCGACCAAAGCUUGGACCCUUGAACACAGCCUUGUGGGACUUGGCAGGGACAGAAGACCAAGUAAGUGUGGCCGGCGCAUUCCUCUUGCUCUUGCCUGGAGCCUCUGGGCCAGCCAUGAAUGUCCUGAGACGAGGCUUUGCUGCCUCUGGAUUCUUACCCGCCCCCACUGGCCAUGGACACGGCCAUGGCCCCUCGGACCAAUAACUGCCACCAUGACAAUCCUGAUCAUGCAUCUGCUGUGUGCCCAGAUCUGUGCUCGGGGCUUCACAAGGGUCAUCUUUCAUCCUCAGACAGCCCUGUAAGGCAGAUGUCACCCAAAUGCAGAUGGGAAGAGAGAGGCUCCAAGAGGUGGCAUUAUUUGUGUGAGAUCACACAGAGAAUAGUAGACCCCGGCCUAGUUUGGUCCCAGCCCUGCCUCUGACAUGCCGUGUGACAUGGGUCUGGCACCGACCCUCCCUGGUGCUACUUUUCUUCAUCUCAACAAGGAAGGCUGGACUGGACCUUCUCUACAGGCUGAGGCGGGCAUUCGUGUACCUGCCUGCCUGGACUGCAUUCUGCCUUGAGCAGAAAUGCCCACCUCAGGCUCAGGCCAUAAGGAGAAGCCACCCUAACUCCAGGGGUGGAUGUGGGACCCUGGCCUGGCUAAUCAGAGCCCCCCCAUCUCCCAGGUCACAGUGAUUGGUUUGAGAUGGGCAUGCGAUCCAAUGAGAGGUCUUCCCUGAGGAUUUUGCUGGAAAAGUGCAAAGGGUACCAUCUUCUUUCUGGGGUUGGUGAGCUUGGCAGAUGGACCAGGGGACCUGAGAACAUUGCCUGGGGCCCUGGAUCCAGCUGUACCUGACACUAGAAAAUCUCAAUUCUUCAGUUUCAUGAGUCCCUAAAAUUACUGUAUUUGCCAAAGUUGCUUUGAGUCUGUUUCUGCUGACUUGAGAAGAGCCCACGCUGAUCUGAUCCCUGCGAAUUCCAAGCCUGGGAGAUCAUGGCCCAUGGCCUGCUCUGUACUCUGAGGGUCCUGCCCCUGGGAAGCCCCUUCCUGGCCCCUGCCUCAUCGCCCAGCAAGGCCUCUGGACGCGCCAAGAUUGGUCUGCAUGCCCCUACACUACUCAGACCCUCUCCAGGACUCCAGUUCUUCAAGAAACCCAUGGAAACACCCCUUUUGUGCUACUACAACACAUGGCCCAGGCUCCGGGAGACAGAGCUGGACACAGACAUUUCUAAACCACAGGGUCCUGGCCCGGGGAACAGGACACCCCAGCCCCUGGACUCCCGCUGUCCUGUCACAGUGCCUGCUGCAGGUGGCCGCUGUGCUCAUAUCCAUCACUGUAGAUUCAGCACGCACCGCCACCUCCCCCCAGCAGUUCCGGUCACGCCAACAUCUGGAGAAGGGGCCGCCAGGUCUGUCUGCUGCUUGGGGUGGGGAUUUGCAUACCAAGGACACUCCACCCAGCCUGGGACAAUGGGGAGGAAGAAAAUUCAGAUCUCACGCAUUCUGGACCAAAGGAAUCGGCAGGUGACAUUUACCAAGCGGAAGUUUGGGCUGAUGAAGAAGGCCUAUGAGCUAAGUGUACUCUGCGACUGUGAGAUCGCCCUCAUCAUCUUCAAUAGCGCCAACCGCCUCUUCCAGUACGCCAGCACAGACAUGGACCGUGUGCUACUGAAGUACACAGAGUACAGUGAGCCUCACGAGAGCCGCACCAACACCGACAUCCUCGAGACACUGAAGCGGAGGGGCGUGGGCCUUGAUGGACAAGAGCUGGAGCCAGAGGAGGGGAUUGAGGGGCCAGGAGAGAAGCUGCGGAGGCUGGCAGGUGAUGGGGGUGACCCAGCCUUGCCCCGACCCCGGCUCUAUCCAGCAGCUCCCACUAUGCCCAGCCCUGACAUGGCAUAUGGGGCCCUGCCCCCACCAGGCUGCGACCCCAGUGGGCUUGGGGAGGCCCUGCCUGCCCAGAGCCGCCCAUCCCCCUUCCGUCCAGGAGCCCCCAAAGCUGGCCCCCCAGGCCUGGCGCACCCUCUCUUCUCAGCAAGCCACCUCGGCAGCAAGACACCACCGCCCCUGUACCUGGCAGUGGAUGGGAGGAGGCCAGACCUGCCUGGUGGCCUGGCUGGGGCCCGAGGGGGACUGAGUACCUCGAGAGGCCUCUAUGGUAGCCUGCAGAGUCCAUGCUCCACUGCCACCCCGGGACCCCCACUAGGGAGCUUCCCCUUCCACCCUGCAGGUCCCCCAGAAUAUGGCCUGGGAGACCCCCCUCCGCCCCCAGGCUUGCUGCAGCCCCCCACCCUGGCCCCCUGGCAGCCCUCCAGGGGUGAUGGGCCCCCGGUCACCCCCGCCCAGCCCAGUGGGGGCCGCAGCCUGGGUGAGGAAGGCCCCCCAGCCCGCGGCGCCUCCUCGCCCACCCCACCAGUCAGCAUCAAGUCCGAGCGACUCUCGCCGGCCCCUGGAGGCCCCGGCGACUUUCCAAAGGCCUUCCCCUACCCCUUGCUCCUGGCCCGGCCCCUGGCAGAGCCCCUGCGGCCUGGGCACCCCCUGCGCCGGCUGCCCACUACCGACGGCUGGCCCCGGUAGUAGGCCCGGGGGUGGCACCGAUUCUUCCCCUCACACCAGGCGGGGUGAGGGCACGUGGGGUCCCAACCUCCCUCCCUGCGUCCUUGGAGAAGACCCAGCAGUUACGACCCUCUCCGCGGCAGGGGCCUGGAGGGGGGAAAGCCUGGUUCGGAUCCAAGGUUGGGGUGCUCCUUUCCCCCUUCCCGUGUGUGUGUAUCCAUCAAUAAAACACACGGGGCAUCCGUG